AUGACUUCGUCUCAAACAGGUUUUGGCGAGGAAGAAGAUUGUCACGUGCUGGCUUCCAUAUCUAAGGAAUCUGAAAAUGGGCUUUCCCACGGCAUAGAAAUUCAACACAUAAACGCAGGCCAGGAAGCAAAUCCAAAAAAGCACUGGCUGGAAGCAAGACGCUUUUCUAUGAAGCACCCCUACGGCCUGAGGACCUUACUCGGAAAAGGGCAAGUCCGGCUCGACGAGAUUGUCUCCAAGCUCAGCCAAAAGCGGUUUUCUCCAUUUCCCGGCCCAUUGGAGGCAUCUACCUCACUCAAGAGCUCAGACUCUAGGACCGCACUGUCGAUAGAACGAUUGUCCAAAGAAAAAGAACUUUUCGAACGUGAUGACUCGCAGGACGAUAAUUCACUGCCGGAAGGUUGGGAGAUAACCCGUAAUACUGAAGGGGAACAGUUUGUGCGACGACUUGCUGACGUUGAAACAAGACUGGCUGUCUGGAACGGCAAUUGUAUAUGGUGGGCAAUGCGAAAUCCUUUAAUUAUCCAACUUGACGCGUUGUUGGACGAAGCAUGCCCCAAUGGGCAAAUAUCAGACAUGAACAAAGGCGCAGUGUAUGCUGUCCUGAAACUUAUUCGCGGCCGAGAUGCGAGGACAGAAUUAGAAUACAUGACGUUGGAUUACCUGCGGCAAAAAGCUGGCCUCCUCCUCCUCAUUAACAUUCUAUCUGUCCAAAAAGAGCGAGUCUCUGGAGGCGAUCUCAAUGCCCUGGAGAAAAUUUUGGUGGACAGUAAACUGGACCCUCGAGUAGUCCUGUCUCUCAUACCCGGAAUCAGAAAUGACAUCAUUGAAGGGAAACAAGGCAUUUGGAUCUAUGCAGGGGUAAAGAAGAUUGCUGAGUCUUAUCUUCGAAGCGUCACCUUUGAAAGACCAGCAAAGAGCGCUCUGCAAGAUAUCGAGCUACAGAUUAUGCACUUUUUCCGCCGAUUCCUAUCGGCUUGGAGGAAAAUGAAGGGAUUUGGUAGUGUUCCUGACGAAGUUGAAGUAUUCAGGACUGUGGAUGCCGCACUUCUCAUCUCCUUGCUUGAGCUGGACCAGCGCUCUCCUCGAGGUACAGUUCACGGCGGCGCCGUUAGGUCGGAGCUCAAUGACGUUGUUGACAAAGGAGUGGAUUGUUUCGACCGUGCUGUCGACAUAUUAGAGUCGUACCACAGGCUUUUUCUGCUGAGCAGACUCUACCAAAGCCGUAAAAUGGCCGGUGAAGUUUUGGCAACCUGGAAACGCAUUAUUGAAGGGGAAGAGGAUAGCGCGUCCGAAUUUCACGACGGCGAGAAACGUGUCCGAGACUACCUGAAGAAAAUUAGCAGUCAAGCUCUGGUUCAAGAAUACGGAAUAUGGCUGGCCAAAAGAAACCCACGAUUGGGAGUGCAGGUGUUUGCCGAGGAUGAGGGGAAGGCUCCCAGGUUUGAACCAGCGCGAGCCGUUGAGAUUCUCCGGGCAGAGGCCCCCGAUGCGGUCAAAUAUUACCUAGAACAUCUUGUAUUUGCCAAGGGCCUCACGUCAUAUGUGAACGAGCUCUUGAACUACUAUCUUGACGUGGUUCUUGGGGAUCUCAGAUCUUCGGCAGCCAGUCGAGGGACAAUUAUGGCUACAUACGAGGCCUACAGGGCGUUACAAGGACCCAAACCGACUUACCACCAUUUUCUAACAGAAAACACGCCCCCGGAUGGCGAAAUAUGGAAGAGUCGCUUACGACUGCUCCAGCUCCUUGGCGGCGCCCAUGACUACGACACCACGGCCAUCGCGGAACGUAUUGGCAGUUUACCGGGCGACUUGCUCGUGCCUGAGACCAUCAUUCUAGCUGGUCGUCAGUGUCACCACGAAGAGGCACUACGGCUGCUGGUCCACAGGCUUGGUGACUACGAUACAGCAGUGUCGUACUGUCUUCGAGGCGGGUCCAGUGUCUACGGGCACCUGGAUGGUCGACAGGGUGGAGGUAGCAUGCCAGAAACAGAGCAGCAGCGCCGUCUAUUCCAAGUAGUCCUGAACGAAUUCCUGAGCAUUGCGGAUGUUAGUGAUCGAAUCGAGCAGACGGGCGCACUACUGGAACGUUUCGGUGGCUGGUUCGAGGUGGAAGAAGUGCUAGGCUUGGUGCCUGAUACUUGGUCCGUAGACGUCGUGGCCGGGUUUCUCAUAGGAGCAAUGAAAAGACUUGUACGGGAGAAGAACGAGAGCGUGGUGAGAAGGGCACUCAGUGGCGCAGAGAACUUGAGGGUCAACUACGACCUGGUUGUGGGAGUCGAGCAGAAGGGCCCGAGUAUCGAGGCACAGAACUAG